CAAGUUAUGUACUGAGUAAACUAGGCGCUUAUUCUGUAACUAUAAGACAUCCAAAAUGACGUCCAACUCGAAGAUGUUUAAGAAGUAUCUGUUCUCAAAGGCGUCGACAAUGAGAGCCAGUCUUAAGGAUCAGGACUUCAUCGCCGACUGCAGGACAGAGUGGAAGAUGAUGUCCGACAUCGAGAAGACGCACGCAAUCGGCGACCACUCGGGUCCGCAGCCGAAGACCAAUGACCCGAACGUCGCGAAUGGCGAGCAGGCGAUGGCCAACGACGGCGGCGGCGGCCAUACGUCGGGCGAAACAACGGAUCCAAAGGGUGGCCAACACUUGAAGCGCGUGUUGAGUGAGAAACUGAUGCAAGAGUUGGUUGACUUCAAGACUCGGGACGAGUUGAUGGCAACGAAGGUAUACUUCAUGGCGUCAAACAUCCAAUGCAUUGUCGACGGAGAGUAUCGUCCGCUGGAAAUUGGUUUCGUUGAGUACACCAUCAGAGAUGGCAUUCAGAAGGCGUACCACUCGUUCAUCGACUGUCAAGAGAUUCCGUACGGCUUUGCCUUCGCGUCCAUCGAUCACAUGAAGAGAUCGCACAAAAUCCCGAUCACAGACUUCGAGUGGGCGACCAAAGACUACGUGUCUGUCGGCAACCAAGUGCUGGAUCUGUUGGACACGAGUCGUGUGGAGAUCCCAUACGCGGACCGGUCUGUCGAUAAGCACCCGAUGAUUGUCUUCUCGUUAUGGGAUCAGAAGCCCCAGAAUGAAGGCGUUCUCAAGUGGUUGGCCGACAGACACACCGAGACAUGUGGUGUUGCUUUGGACUGGAAUAUCGUUGUGCUGGACGUGUCGGACCUAUUGAUGGCAAUACACCUGAAGUACGGACAGAGAAAAGCGAUGAAAGACGUGAGGGAAGAGCUGUCGACCACUAGUUUUGACUAUAGUUUGGGAACUGACUGUCACUUUCAUGAGGAGAUCCAAUGCAUUGUCUGCGCUCAAGGAGUGGCCAAACGUAUGGCUUACGUGAUGUCUCAGUCGUUGAUUAAUGUAUUGCAAUUCAAACCACUGGCCACACACUUCCCAACCGUUCAGAUCAAUAAGCAUUACAUUCACUAUCAGUUCAUCUCAAAGGCGUUCAAGGAUUUGAAAUUAGAGGACGAGAAGACUGAAGACCUGAACGCAAACUAUCAAUAUUUCGACUGAAACACGGCUUUCACUCUCCACACAAUUUAAC